UCCUGAUACAAAUUUUGAAGAAAAGGUAGUUCCUAUACUUCAUUCGUGUCUUUUUCUUUUCUGUUGUUUUAGAAUUAGAAAAGAGUUGCAGCCAUGAGAGUUUACAAUUGCAGCUUUUGCUCCUCGCCGGUAUACCCCGGUCAUGGUAUCAUGUUUGUCCGUAACGAUGCGAAAGAAUUCAGAUUCUGCCGUUCAAAAUGCCACAAGAACUUCAAGAUGAAGCGCAACCCGCGAAAGCUGAAAUGGACAAAGGCGUUCCGCAAGUCGGCCGGCAAGGAGAUGGUCGUCGACUCGACGCUCACCUUCGCCGCCCGCCGCAACGUGCCCGUGCGAUACAACCGCGAGCUGGUGUCGGUCACGCUCACGGCGAUGCAGCGCGUGUCAGAGAUCAGAGCCAAGCGCGAGCGCGCGUUCUACAAGAACCGUAUGCGCGACAACAAGGCCCGGCAGCGCGAGGAGGAUCGCAAGCUUGUGGCCGAGAACGAGGAGUUGCUCAAGCAGGGCGGUCUUAUCCCCCGAACGCGCACCGUCGCUGCCGAGGAGGACGAGGAAGUCUUUGUCGACGCUGAGGAGGACGAGGCCCAGAUGUCGGUCGACGAGGACGUCGAGGUCGAGCAGAAGGAAGAGGUCCUGGUCAAGGUUCCCGCCAAAAGACGCAGCAAAGCAAAGAGCAAGAACUAGAGUGUGCUCACGUGGUCGUGUUCAUGAUUUAUCUGGGACGAGGGGCGGUUUAUCACUGUACUAUAUGUAUUCGUUUUGCUGUUUUCGUUUAUCCAUUUGUGUGCUUAUGAUUAUCCGGUUCGCCGCCUGUUGGACAUUGUCUUUUCGAUUUCCCUCUCGCCUUUGACAUGCUGAGAAUGCUUGUCCGUGCCACACACUUGCCUAUGAACAUGCCAUGGACCCGGUCUCGUUUCGAGCAUACGAACACGCAGAAAAGAAUUCACAACAAAUAGAUAUGGUACCACCUACCGAAAGAUGACAACCUGGUUUCUUUAUUUUGACUUUUUAUUUUUUUUCCUUCUUUCUCUUUUCUUUCAAAAGUUUUUUGUUUAGUGCAUUUGGCGUUCUGUAUUUACUUGUCAGCUAAUGUUUUCUUUUUGUUUAUACAAUGGAAGAGUGAUCACACAAGCAAUAAACUAAAUCAAACGGUUUAGACCAACCGA